UAGAUUCCAACCCUGUUUGCUGAAGCGUUCGUCUAUCCAUCCGCCGGGGUAAUUGCGGCUCUCCGGCCUCCGCCACCGCGAGCAGCGCCGGAGAUGGUGGCGCUGACUCGCGGCGCCAACAAGAGGAUAAUGGAGGCCGCCCAGGGGCAACACCCGGAGGCGAUCUCAGGCUCUCCAGUCUCCACCAACUGAGCCGCGACCACCGCCUGCAAUGGCGACGGAAGCACCCCAUCCCAAGCCGCAAGGGCCGCCGCCGUCGCUCGGCGCCGGCGAGGAAGGAGGAGUCGGCUGCUGCUGCUGCUGCUGCGGCGGCGGCGGCGUCGAUCGCAUCAGCGGACUCCCCGACGCUAUUCUCGGCGAGAUCAUCUCCCUCCUCCCCAUCAAGGAUGCCGCCCGCACGCAGGCCCUCGCCUCCCGGUGGCGCCACCUGUGGCGCUCCGCGCCUCUCAGCCUCGACGGCGGCGACCUCCCCGACGAGGGCGAGAUCUCCCGCGCCGGCCUCAUCUCGCGGAUCCUUGCCGCCCACCCGGGCCCGGCUCGCCGCUUCUCCGUCUCCGCGCUCCAGCUCCUGCUCUGCCCCUCGGCGGUCGGCUCCUGGAUCUGCUCGCCCGCGCUCGACGGCCUCCGGGAGCUCGAGUUCCACAUCGGCGAAUUGAUAAACUUGCAGUCACCCUUGCCAUGGCUGCCGGAUUCUGCCUUCUUUCGUUUCUCGGCCACCCUCCGCCUGGCCACCAUCAGCAAAUGCCGCAUCCCGGAAGGCACUGCCGGAGCGCUUCGCUUCCCCCAGCUCAGGGAGCUUGCUCUUGAGAGCGUCAGCGUCUCGGAGGACUCACUACAGAGCAUGAUUGCCGGAUCUCCUGUCCUGGAGUGCUUGCUGCUUAGUCGCAGCGUUGGCUUCAGUCGUGUCCGGAUCAACUCCCAGAGCCUUGUAAGCAUCGGUGUGCGAAAUUUCUCAGGGGAACUCAUCAUCGGGAAUGCCCCUUCGCUUGAAAGGCUGCUGCAACUCGAACUAUUUCAAGACCUUCGUCUGUCAAUAAUUGCAGCACCAAAGCUGCAAACAUUGGGCUGGAUUUCUGACCGCGAUCGUUACUUCAAGCUGGCAUUUGGCACUACAGCAGUUCAGGACUUGCGUUCUGUUAGCGCUACGGCAGUGGUGUGUACUAUCAAGAUUCUAGCUGUUGAUAUUCAUACACUUAGCCUGGAUAUGGUUCUUGAUUUAAUGAGAUGCUUUCCAUGCUUGGAGAAGCUGUACAUCGAGCUUUUUCUGUCGGUGGACAGAAAUUCAUGGUGUCGUAAACACCAUGAUGUUAUUAGAUGCCUUGAUAUCCGUCUGAAGACUGUAGUGUUGAAGAAUUAUUAUGGCAUAAAGUCUCAUGUGAACUUUGCAUUAUUCUUUGUAUUGAACGCAAAAAUGCUGGAGUCAAUGACAUUUGAGGGUGGAGCCUGCCAUAAUCAAAAGUUUAUUGCAGAGCAGCAUAGUUUACUUGAGCUCGAGAAAAGGGUUUCGAGAAGCGCACAGUUUUAUUUCACAGUUUGUAGAUCUUGGGACAAAAAUCUUACACAUAUAAAACAUGUCCAUGAUUUGUCAAUAACUGAUCCUUUUGAAUAUAGAUGUUGAAACUUGGUUAGUUUGUGUUUUUGAGUAGUUAUUCUUGCCUAGCUCAUUUUCACAUCUGUGUUUUGUUCAUAUUGCGUGAUUCUAUUGUGUGUAGUGUUUUGUAAUUUGUACAAUUCUGCAACCUUCUGAUAUUAGCCGGACUACAUACAUAUACUGUUUCUCUUGAGUGCUACUAUAUAAAGCCAUGCCCAUCAAUUGCAUUGAUGAAGGAGGGCUAAUCAACAAUAGCAGCCACAGCUUUAGAAGGUAGCAUCAUGAGGUGCUCUGUUUUUCUUGAGAGCAAUAAUUAAAUGUUUUGAUAAUUGAUACAUCACACUUCAACAUGGUUUGACUAUACCUUACCUACUGUAUAAAUAUUUCAGUAGAGCUAUUGUAAGUCCUUACGAUUUUCCAGUAAUAUUGUUGCUAUUCAUGGUUAGGAUGGAAUAGCGAGUUGAAAUUCCUUAUACCAUGCCUAUACUGAUAUUUUGUUUAAUCAUGUGGAACCUUACUAUUUUUACCAUUAUAUGUGGCAUCUUAAAGAAUUAGUUUCACAAGACAUCUGUAUUCUGUUUUCAUUCAGCAAGACCCCUGGCUUCUUAACUGGUUUACCCUGAUAAUGUUCUAGCAAGUUAUGUCAUAUCCCUUUUUGUUUACAAAUUUAUGUGAUGUGUGUUUGUUGGUAAAUAUAUAUUUUUCUCAUACCUUUUUGUGUACAUUUUACCCUUAGUUAUAAAAAAUGGAAGUGUGCCUAGUUAGAUUCCUGAACUUGAUCCAUUGUGAGUUAGCAAUUAUUCUACUCGUCGAUGUCUUAGGUCCCACCAGUUAAUUGAACUAACUGUUGAAAAUGAAAUACCUUGUCAGACAUCUUGUUAGCUUUCGUACAGUCAUGUUGCAAAUAAUGGUUGAUUUGAUGAAGCUUUCUAGCAAGUAUUGUUCUGUCCCACUACUGUCACAUUAAGUCCAUAAAAUACCUGUCAUUGGUAAUAUGGCUCAUUUUGACCAGUUGUAUUCACCAUUUUGGAUCCUUAGAAGUAGUAUGUACAUUUGUGAUUCUUUGCUGUUCUAUACAUGACGCUUAUGCUUAGGACUCUUCCUGAUUGUAGAUACAGAACUUGAGUCCUGUUCAUAUAGAGAUGUGGACCAGGUGAUUGACCAUAUAAUUUCAGUAAUGAAAAAUACAGGGCCAUUUCUGUAGCUACACUGGCAGUUCCUUUUUCUUCUGUGGUUAGUUUAUUGCAUAAUCUUAGAAGGAUGCGGGCGAGAUAUGUAAACCUGUGAACACAGACCCUUUUUUGUGUUUAUUUAGUCGAAUGAUGACCUUUUGGGCUCUUGCAAAACAUAAAUAUGCCUAUAGGAUAACAACAUGGAACUUUUAAUGCAGUGUAGACCAUGUUCUCUAAGUUUACUUUCAAGUUCUGAAAACAAAGUUCAUUAUUUUGCUGAAAACAAAGUUCAUUAUGUUUUGUGCUAUUGAAGCCUCACUUGUUGCUAAUGAAUAAUGAUAACUGAAACCCAAAAACAAUAACUUUUUAGAUUCCCAGAUAACUGUGGUCUCAAUAUCUUUUUCACUUCUGCAUAUCUAUGAAGCUAUUUUUUCCGGAUUUAGUUAUCAUUACUCCUUACUCUUUGGAUAAUUUAUCCUGUAAAUUACAUGCUCUUUUUUUGUUAGAGGAUGCAUACUGACAUUAGUUUUUUUAUUUUAUUUUUUGAAUCAGACCUCCAGGUUUCAGUUGUCAUUUCUCAUUACUCUUUGAUAAUUUAUCCUGUAAAUUACAUGCUAUUUUUUGUUAGAGGAUGCAUACUGACAUUAAGUUUUUAUUUUUAUUUUUGAAUCAGACCAACUUGAAGUAUUACUGUAUUAGUGCUGAACUGCUGAUCCCUGGUUUAUCCAUCUGAACAUUGUUCAGAUUAAAAGAGCAUUGGAGGAUUGUUAGGUAAACUCUGAUAUAUUGUGUGUUAUAAUUUGUUAACUGAAAUCAGAGGAGACAGCUCUAGAUACGCAGUGUGCAGUUUGAAUAUGUGUUUGUUGGUUAGAUUAGUUCUAUUUAUGAAAUACAAUGCAUACAGAUGAUUUUCGGUCUCUGAUGAUUGAUCCCAAGGUACAGGUGCUGAGACUGUAUUUGAUACGCAAUAGGAGUUACUCCCUCUGUCCCAUGAAGAGCGCAAUGCUAAUUUUUUCCAGAUAGAUUAGUGUUGUUGGCAAAUGACCAUCGUACCAAGUAAUUGUCUUAAUCCCAUUGAGUUAGGCAUAAAAGGUGUUCAAUUUGCAUGGAGUUAGUUAAUUAAUUCCUAAAAUAUAUAUUUGAUAGUAUAAGGCAGGUAGUUAUUGCUACUUGCUAGGAUUGCACUCUUUGUUUUUUUUUAAUCUUAGAAUUGCACACGGGAUGGAAGGAGUACUAUUUUUUACUAUUUUGUUACAUGGGCCUUUCAGAUUAGACUUCCGGGUCUCUCUUCUCAAUGUUGGAUGUUUCCAUCAUCUUCUGUGAAGUUUGCUGGUAUCUUUGUAUCUGCAGCACUAAAGAUGUAAUGGUUCUCUGGUUUCCAAUACUGGCUCCACCUCGAGAUUACAGUUCCUCAGGUAUUUGCAUGUUUUACCUUUCACCUUGUGAGCCUUUGACUUCCUUUUCUUCCUUCUGCUUUGAUUAUUCCCACUAUCAUUUUGACUCUGCUGGUGGAGGUACCUGCCCUUGCUCUGGUGAUAGAACGAAACUUUGGUGAUCAUGGUGGAGUCACAAUGUGGUUUCUAGGCUUUCCAAUGUGCCUGAGGGUCUAUUAGGUUUCUUUUUGGACAGUGCUAAGGAUUGUUGGUUAUCUCACUCAUUAUGUGCUUCAUCCAACAAGCUCUCCUUUAAAUACUCCCGACGCUGAAGACCCUUCAUUUGAUUCUGGUUCCCGCUGAGGUAGAACCUGUUAUGUUAUGUUAGCUUUUAUAUGUGGUUUCAGCUAUGCAAUUAUGUAGGGCAAAAAUUCCUUUCCAGCAAAUGUUUUUUUAUCUAGUUUUGGAUUGAAUUAUGGACAAUCCUAACAUUGUGGCAGAUUGAUGAACUUGCAGUGAAGAAAAAAGAAAGUAUGCUUCCCCUAGAUGUUUUGUGUCAAUUUUCAAGGCGCAUAAUCAAAUUUAUGUAUUAUGUCAUUCCCAUCUAGUAUGACUGGAAGUCUUUUGUUACAUACCUAUUUUAAGAUCUGAAUAAUAUUGUUUCUUCUGA